CCCGUUCACGCUUCUUCUGAGAGAGUCUGCAUGCUCAUGUCCCGCAGAAUUAGAGACGCGACAGAAGCAGAUAAGAAGCGUUAUUUUAAGUCUCCCUUUGAAUGGACCCGUGGGAUCAAAAGUAUUUUAAUUAGUCUUUCUCUUAAGUUGGACACGUAUUUGGAUAUAUCCCGCGUGAUAAAACGCGGUAUUUCUCAGUUAUCCCAACCGAAAUGGAGGAGUUAAUGCUCUCGGAUCAGCCCGUUUCAUUUGACUAGACAGUUUCCAUCUGUCCCAACUGCACGACAGGACGGUGGACAUCACUGGACAUUUACGGAUAGAAACUGGACGACACGCCGUGAUUUGAAUGCCUUUGCAGGGACUUUGCUGGCUUGUGUGCUGCAGACAAGGCUUCAGUUUGCUGGCUCGGGAUCAUGGGGAGAAAGAGGAGGAAGAGUCGUUCGAGUUACGCAAUCAGGACCUGCAUACACACACAGGACGGGGGCGACUAGAGGUCACUCUGUCUCAGCCCACUCGCACAGCCAAUGGCACACCCUGUCUGUCAGGAGUUCUUGAGGAGAAGAGAAGUCUCAUCACAAAGAAGAGUAAGAUGACGAUGGACGAAGACAAUGAGGUGCUUGUGAAGGGCUGGCUCCUGCGGGAGGUGCAGGGAGGUUGGCUCCGGCAGAGGAGGUUCUGGUUUGUGCUGACAACAGACUCUCUUGACUAUUACAGUGGUCCAGAAAGAGAUGCUCGCAGACUGGGCACGCUUGUACUCACAUCCCUCUGUUCAGUGCUGUGGCCGGAUAAACACACCUACAAACAGACAGGUUACUGGAGUCUGACAGUGUAUGGCCGCAAACAUUGCUACAGACUCUUCACAAAGCACUACAAUGAGGCGGUGCACUGGGCGUGUGCUGUGCAGAAACUCAUAGACAGCAAAGCACCGGUCGAGACGCCAACACAGCUCCUCAUACAAGACAUUGAGGAGAAUAAAUUCAAUCCAGAGGUUGUGGAGCACAUCUAUGAGCAUAAUCCCAUCCUGAGGUACACGCAGAGCCCCCUCUACGCCCCACUGCUGCCUUUCCCCUACGGCAGCCUCCACCACACACAUAUGAAAGGUAAAGGCUACACAUCCAUCUGUGAAGAGGCGGUGAGGCUUUUUAACUGCCUUCAGCAGUUAGAGUCGGCCCGCGAGCCCAUUCCUCUCAUACAGGGGAUCCUCCAGACCUGCCUCGACCUCCGGCCGCUCCGAGAUGAACUCUACUGCCAGCUUAUCAAACAGACCAGCGUCCUCAGCUCACUUGUCCAGACGCAGCCGAAUCCGCAGCUCAGAUACUGGCAGCUGCUUACCUGCAUGAGCUGCACCUUUCUGCCCAGCUCCAGCAUACUCAGAUACCUGCGCUUUCACCUGAAGAGGGUUCAGAGUUUGAGUGUGGACCCAGAGGUGGAGAGCUACGCGUCCUUCAUAGCCCAGGCUCUGGAGAAGACACGCGGCCGUGAGUGUGUGCCCUCAUGGGAGGAGAUCCAGGGGCUGAUGGGAAGGCAGGAGAUACUGUGUACUGUGCACUACCCUGGACCGGGCUGCUGCCAGAUACCGAUCACCUCACACACCACAGCUAAUGAGGUCGUGAGGAAGAUGGUGGAACGUCUUGGGCUGCAGGACAGCCGAAACACAUUUGCUCUUUUUGAGCAGAACACAUGCUGGGAAAAAGCUAUCGGAGGCAGCACCAUAAUCGCCGAUGUCAUCACCAGAUUUGAAAAUUUGUCAGCAAAAGAUCCAGACUCUGACUGCAAGUGCAGACUCUGCUUCAAACUGUAUUGUCUGCUGGACACAGAAAACAUCAGUACAGACAGCAUUGAGUACCUCUUCCUCUAUGAGAAGUGUCAUGAGAUGGUGGUGCGGGGACAGCUGCCAGCCUGUGAGGACGACCUUCUUUCCCUGGCAGCGUUGAGACUGCAGUGUCUACUGGGAGAUUUCAGUGCCCUCUCGCCGUACCCACCCUUGGAGCAGCUCUUUCCAGCUGAAGUGGUGGAGGCCCGGGCACUACUGGCCCCCGUCGAUCCCCCUGGCUGCCCUUCCUUCCCUGGGGGCCUGCUGGCUGGGACACUGUGGGGACACAAGCGGCGUCAGGAACAGGACCAAAGACUGCGGGCCAGACUAAGGGAAGAGGGAGCCGUGGUGAUGUCGGCCAUUUUGGAGCGCUGGAAAGCCCUGACGGGAUACAGUCACAGGGACAGCAUGGCCGCCUAUCUCACCAUCGCUCGGCAGUGGUCGGGGUUUGGCUGUACGCUCUAUGAAGUGGACUUCUACAUCAGCUCGACAGGAAGCUUCUCUCAGAAGUUGUGGCUGGGCGUGGCGGCUUCCUGUGUGUCUUUGUAUCGUCAGGGUGACGCUGAAGCAUUGGAGUCUCUGCCGAUUGGUCAGAUCUGUUCCUAUGGCGUCUCUGAUAGCAACACAUUCAGGAUCACUGCAGGAGACAGAGAUCUGCUCUUCGAGACCUCCAAGCUGACUGAGAUCAUGCAGCUGAUGAAUGCUUACUUCAGUGCCACCCGUCACCAGCUGGGCAAGGAUGACUGCAUCUCCAUGGAGACAAACCCUAAGCUCCACCCCUCCCUACUUGAGCUCCCCUCUCACCCGGUGUGAAGAGAGAUGGACUCGCGCUCACCCACACGCACACACUGACUCUGACUGAUGUACACAUGCAUAUGCAGUCCUGAUCGAUUGCUUCCCUCAGAUGCUGUGGAAAUAGAAGAGGAGUGGAAGGUGUCCAGGGAGCCACAAACAGGAGAGCAGGUUCUGGAACUCACUCGCUACACCACCAGCCGAAUCCAGAAAGAACACGGGGCCCUCCGCUGGCCCUGAUUACUCCAAAAUCACAGAG